AAUUAUAAUCACCUAAAAAGGAAGGCCAGCAAUUUGAGAGGAAAGGCAGAAGCUUUGAAGAGUAGUGAAGAUGAGAAUGAUGAAACUAGUUACAUUACCUUGUCCAACAUACCUAUAUAUACCACCCCAUAUCCACAAAAUCCAAGCUUCUUCGAGUGUGCAGAAAUCAAGAAGAGCUUUUUCUCUGUCUACACUUGCUCUUAUUUUCUCUAAUGGAGCUACUAGUUCAAUUUCUUGGGCAAAUACUCAAGUUCCAAAGUUCUUGGAGCUGCCAAAUUCAGGUGGUGUCAAGGCAUUGGACCUUCGUAUUGGUGAUGGAGAAACCCCUCUUGAUGGUGAUGUGGUUGCAAUUCAUUAUUAUGGGAGACUUGCGGCAAAGCAAGGAUGGCGCUUUGACUCAACGUAUGAUCACAAGGAUGAAACUGGCGAACCAAUUCCUUUCUCGUUCGUCCUUGGUUCGGGCAAAGUUAUAUCAGGGAUUGAAACUGCUGUGAGAUCGAUGAAAGUAGGCGGCCUUCGCCGGGUUAUUAUCCCACCAUCUCAAGGAUAUCAGAAUACAUCCCAAGAACCCCUGCCACCUAAUUAUUUUGAUCGGCAAAGGCUUUUUACUACCAUUUUCAACCCCACCCGUCUUGCAAAUGGAGAAGGUGCGACCCUGGGAACAGUCAUAUUUGAUAUUGAAUUGGUCAGCCUGAGGCAUCUCUGAUCUCGAUCAUUUAGCAGCCAAUUUUCUCCUCUUUACUGGAGUAUGCAAUAAUUGUUGUCCGUUCGAGGAUGAUGGAAGAUGAAAUAGUUUCUAGCUAAUGUUUGUGGGCAUUGAAGAAGCCUCAGUGACGAGUUUAGUCCUAUGAUAUGCCAAAUUGCCAUAUAAACAAAGGCAAAGGGGAGAGCGGUUGAGGGAGUGUUUUGAACUCUGGACAAAAGAGUACAUGUAUAUGUGUUUUAUUUGUUUUGAUACUUACUAUUAAUCAUGUAUUUAGAUAUAGUAUAGUAUUUAUUAUGGAAUACUUAUUAAAUUCUAAUAAAUAUUUAAAUAGAUCAUCUAUUCCGA